AUGUUACGAUUCUCUAGACAACUACACAAUUCAACCAGGCUCUGCUCCCAAGCAACUGGGUUAAAAGAAUCUUUGAAGGCUAUCAUUCCAAAAAGAAAGGAGGAGUUUCUAAAAUUGAAAAAGGAAUGCAUGGGUACGAAGGUGGACGAUAUUACAAUUGGCUCCAUUCUUUCCGGCAUGAGAGGUAACCGUUCAAUGUUUUGGGAGGGUUCUAUGGUAGAUGCACAAAGGGGGAUAACAUUCCAUGGUAAGACCAUUGAACAAUGCCAGCGAGAACUGCCUGGUGAUGAAUCCGGUAAUUUCUAUCCUGAAUCAAUGUUGUGGUUAUUAAUGACCGGAGAAGUUCCAACAAAGCAACAAACUAAGCAACUUAUGGAAGAAUUGGCUGUAAGAGGUUCUGAAGCUAACUUUCCUAUCGCUACUUCAAGAGUUAUUGAUUCAUUACCAAAUGAUAUGCAUCCAAUGACUCAAUUAGCAAUUGGGCUAGCAUCCAUGAACAAAGUCUCAAGGUUUGCCAGCAAUUAUGAAAAGGGACUCUUGAACAAAAAUAAUUAUUGGGAAGACACCUUUGAAGAUACGUUAAAUUUAAUAUCAUUUCUCCCAAUUUUAACUGGGAAAAUCUACUCCAAAAUCACUAACGAUGGUAAACCACUAGGUAAAUUUAGUCCCACCGAGGAUUGGAGUUCAAAUAUCUGUUCUCUCAUGGGGAUGUCCAAUAGUACUUAUUCGGUAAAUAAGAAUAAUUUUAAUGCAAGUGAAUCCAAGGAUUUCCUUUCGCUGAUGAGGUUGUACACCGGAAUUCAUGCUGAUCACGAAGGUGGAAACGUUUCCGCUCACACUACUCAUCUAGUUGGUAGCGCUCUCAGUGAUCCUUAUCUGAGUUACUCUUCUGGUAUUAUGGGCUUGGCAGGACCCUUACAUGGGUUAGCUGCUCAAGAGGUAGUUCGCUUCUUAGUGGAAAUGAACGGUCAAAUAUCUUCUCCUAAUCAGCCUGAUGAAAUAGAAAGGUAUCUAUGGGAUCUUUUGAACUCCAAGAGAGUUAUUCCUGGGUAUGGACAUGCCACUUUGAGAAAGCCAGACCCAAGAUUCACAGCGAUGCUCAAGUUUACCAAAGAUAGGAAAAGUGAAUUUGAAAAUGACAAGAAUGUUGUUUUAAUGCAAAAUUUAUCAUCCAUUGCGCCUAAAGUUUUGAAAGCUCAUGGGAAAUGUCAAAAUCCUUAUCCAAACGUCGAUUCAGCCUCUGGUAUCCUCUUCCACCAUUAUGGCUUAAAAGAGAGUUUAUUUUUCACGGUAAUUUUCGGCUGUUCAAGAUCUAUGGGACCUCUCACUCAGUUGGUCUGGGAUCGCAUUUAUGGUUUACCUAUUGAAAGGCCAAAGAGUGUCAAUAUGGAAACUUUAAAACUGUUAUCAAAUUCUCAGUAA